ACCGUCAACUUUGAGUGAAAGAACUUCUACCUGCACAGUCAGAGAUUUAAUGGCGCUCUUGUAAGUGCAUUGGAGUCUACAUGAUACGUGUCGGAGCGAGAUUCAUAAAUAUUCGUCAAGUCGUUUGUCAGGUCAGCUCUACCUAGGGGUUCAAGUCUGUGGAUUGUGUUUCCAGACAUUCUUUACAAAACUUGGAUUAAAAUUAAAAGAUAUUAAUGUCUUGAGGGAUUUAUUGUAAAUUUGUGUGUUAAAGCGUGUAGUGUUAGAACAUAAGUAUUAAAUUUGACGGAAAUGUUAAACUAGUAUUUGAUUUUAAGAGUACUUGCAUAGUUGUACGCAAACUACAUUAAAGUUGGCAAAGCCAUCACAGCAUGGUAAGGUCUCAUCUCACAAAGCUGUCACAGAAUGGAGAAAUAUCACACCAUAGAGCUGUCACAGCAUGGUAAGAUAUCCUCUCACAAAUUUGUCACAGCAUGGUAAGAUUAUCUCAUAGAGUUGUCACAGCACGGUAGAUAUCAUCUCAUAGAGCUGUCAUAGCAUGGUAAGAUAUCAUCUCAUAGAGCUAUCAUACCACGGUAAGAUAUCAUCUCAUAGAGCUGUCAUAGCAUGGUAAGAUAUCAUCUCAUAGAGCUGUCAUACCACGGUAAGAUAUCAUCUCAUAGAGCUUCACAGCACGGUAAUAUAUCAUCUCAUAGAGCUGUCAUACCACGUUAAGAUAUCUCAUGGAGCUGUCACAGCACGUUAAGAUAUCAUCUCACAAAUUUGUCACAGCAUGGUAAGAUAUUAUGUCACAAAGUUGUGACAGCAUGGUAAGAUAUAAUCUCAUAGAGCUGUCAUAGCAUGGUAAGGUCUCAGUGAGAUAGAAGAUAGAAAGAAGGGUGUUAUACAAGUGGCAUACAUUCACUAUACGUAUGGAAUUAUCAUGAUUGUCGCAGAACAGUCCGUCGAGAAAUUUAAGUUGUCAAGUAUUAUCGAGUCAAUAGCACGAUGUUAUCAUAAUGUCAGCUGUUGUGACAAUAAAGGCAUGUUUCAAAACUCCUAGCGUUAGUGAAAUCUUUAAUUGCGACUAGUCUUGUCUGUCCAAUCCUUUAAAAGCCUUCUUCUCUUUACGAGGACAUUCAAACAAAUACACAAAGUCAUUUACAAACGGAAGACUGACUUAUCCGCGACUGUAGUGGGGAUUUAAUCCGAUAAGAUAUCUGACAGGCGGAAUCAAUAAAAUCAAAUAUAUAAGUCUUUUUUAAAUAGUUUUUUUUUUUUUUACUUUCACCGGUGGUGUAACUUAGGUAGAUGGAACAUGUCAGGUAGAUGGAUCAUGUCUGGUAGAUGAGAUAUGUCCGGUAGAUGUGAUAUGUCAGGUAGAUGAAUCAUGUCAGGUAGAUGAUACAUGUCAGGUAUAUGAGAUAUGUCAGGUAGAUGAGACAUGUCAGGUAGAUGAGACAUGUCAGGUAGAUGACACAUGACAGGUAGAUGAGACAUGCCAGGUAGAUGAGACAUGUCGUUUAGAUGAGAUAUGUCAGGUAGAUGAGACAUGUUGGGUAGAUGAGAUAUGACAGGUAGAUGAGACAUGCCAGGUAGAUGAGACAUGUUGGGUAGAUGAGAUAUGUCAGGUAGAUGAGACAUGUCAGGUAGAUGAGACAUGCCAGGUAGAUGAGACAUGUCAGGUAGAUGAGACAUGCCAGGUAGAUGAGACAUGUCGGGUAGAUGAGAUAUGUCGGGUAGAUGAGAUAUGUCAGCUAGAUGAGACAUGUUGGGUAGAUGAGAUAUGUCAGGUAGAUGAGACAUGUCGGGUAGAUGAGACAUGUCAGGUAGAUGAGACAUGUCAGGUAGAUGAGACAUGCCAGUUAGAUGAGACAUGCCAGGUAGAUGAGACAUGCCCGUUAGAUGAGACAUCUCAGGUAGAUGAGACAUGCCAGGUAGAUGAGACAUGUCAGUUAGAUGAGAUAUGUCAGGUAGAUGAGACAUGUCGGGUAGAUGAGACAUGUCAGGUAGAUGAGACAUGUCAGGUAGAUGAGACAUGCCAGGUAGAUGAGACAUGCCCGUUAGAUGAGACAUGUCGGUUAGAUGAGACAUGUCAGGUAGAUGAGACAUGUCAGGUAGAUGAGACAUGUCACGUAGAUAAGAUAUGUCAGGUAGAUGGAUUAUGUCAGGUAGAUGAGACAUGUCAGGUAGAUCAGACAUGUCAGAUAGAUGAAGGAUGUACUGUGAUUUCAAAAGCCAGGGCAACAUCAUUUUUUCAUUAAAACUUAGCUAUGUAUUAUCUGCAAUUAAUUAUGAUAUAGUGUUGGCUAGACUUGGGUGACCAAAUCAUAAACUGCAAAAAACGGGACACACCUAAGUAGGGUUUGGGGGGGGGAUACCCUCCAGCUAAAGAGGGGCCAGGGGGCUUCCGCCGGAAACUGUUUAUUGAAAUAUGCGCAUUUUUAACUAUUUUGAGACCUUUACCUUAAUUUACCUUAACUUUUGUAAUUUAAUUUAAACUCUGAGGCAUAUCAUAAACGAAAACAAUAAUUUUACAGUGAAUACUUUUUUAUUUAUACAUAUUUUACAACAUACAACAACACAACAAAUUUAAUGCAGCCAUCACGCAAGCCCACAUCACUACUGGCACUGGCUACACAGCUAGCCAAAAUAUUACUCGAAGUUAUAUUAUAAAUUAGGAAUUUUUAUUGAUUGGAAAAUGUGUUUGGUUUUAUAAACGGGACAUUUGGGCGUCCCGAAAGACUUUUUCUGGACACUGGGUACGAUCGUGAAAAAACCGUGUUUAUCCCGUUUUUACGGGACGUUUGGUCACCCUAGGCUAGGCCCAUCUCAAAUAGUUACAGUUGUAUGGAUUUUGGUAUUAUUGUUUAGUAGUUUAAAAUAAAUGAAAGAAGCUUUUAGUUUAUGCUAAUAUCUACAUGCAUUUCACUCAAUAACAAACUACUUACAUUACAUAGCAUUUGUGAGACGAUAUGAUUUGUUGUUUAGAAAAACGAACUUUUACAAAUUAAAAAAAACACAAAAACCCAACAACAACGCUAAUUAAAUUGCAUCUUGUAACAGAAAAAUAGUUCCCUUUUUGGAUGGAACCCGCAUGUAUGACGCCCCUGUUUCUGGACGAGAUCGAUACUUUUUCUGAUAAAUAUUUUUAAAAAAACAUAUCGAUUAGAAGCUCUACGCGAGCUAACAGAUCACUUUUUCUUAUCACAAACUAGGGUUAGCCGCAUUGGCAAUAAAAUCGAACCCAAAAAUAAAAAAAAAACUGGAUAAGAAAAGCAGAAAUUUUAUGACAGCGCAUAAACAGCCGACCUUUGACCCCGGUGUUCAAACGGUAUCAAUACCGUGACGGGGGGCGAAUUUAAAUAAUUUGCUUUUUUAGUACCUGUCAGUUUUAUUCCAAACAGUUUGUUGCCGUUUGUUUCAUUUGUAUGGGGUGAUUGAUACGGUUUGAAUGGCGUUUGUUGUGCUAAAUGGUGUUGACACUGACUUCCCGUUUCUUAACAUUUAUCUUGCGGCCGUAUUGAAAUGUAAGAAACACAAUAAUAUUAUCUUUAAGUAUAAAAUAUAACUUGCCCUCAAAGCAAAAAGCUAAGUAUCAUUUUCUAAGCCAACGUAAAGUAAAUUUAGUAUUUUUCUGUGGUUAAAAUGAGAUAGUUGUGUAGCUGGUGUGUGGAAAUAUUUUGGUUUCGUAAUAUAUAUCUAUCGUAUAUUUACUACAAACAGGUUGAUUCGCGAUGACAGACAAAAGUGUUAGGUCAGAGUCAAAUAAGAUAUUAACAAAAAGCAUGGCUAAAUAAAGAUGUACAUUUUCAUGGCCUUACAACUCUAACACAAUGAGCCCAACACGUUCCAAGUCUGCUGCCUCGUACAGGGCGCUCGGAGCUAAGACGCCAUCUUGCUCUACCCACAACUCCCUGGAGGAUGAAUACAACUUUGUCAGGAAGGUCAUUGAUGCUAUGUCGACCUACCCAUCGGGGCGCAUAGGUCAAGCAGGUAGCAUACGAUCUCUAAGGCCCUCUACUGGUGCACCAAGUUUGUUCCAACGGCGAUUCACUUUACCCGUGCAUGGCCAGGACUUCACUACACGACCGCACACCUCAAAAAACUCCACUCUGCAUUUGAUAGAGGUCGGUGAACUUUUCAACGGCAAGCCCGGAAGUCAGCAAACAAGGAAAAUGAGCUCGAAGAUCCGAACCUUUGAUUAUCCCAUCGCUUCAUGUCUUCACGUCGACCAGCAAGGAUACAGAUUAGGAAGUCGACGAGUCAUCGUCUGCUCCCCGAACUAUGACAACAUGACGAACAAAACGUUCGUACUUCCGGUCGCUUCGUUUGCCCACUCUCGCCUGCAGCUCACCGGAGACGUCAUGAAAAUUUAUAAAUCUCGACAAACUUCCGGAGAAACACGUGACAGAGGAGCGCGUGACAGUCGCAAAGGGGCAAUGGUAUCCACAUCGCAUAAUUCAAAGGAUGUUAUGAGGGAUUAUUCACUUAGGAAAGGACAAGUCUACAACUCCACACAGAUGAUUGGUAAAACACAAUCUGUGGAGGGGCUAAAUAAAACUGAUGCGGCAAAGCAAAUUUUUCCUGAAGAUAAAAAUGCAGGGACCGCGUUGACAGCGAAGGAAUUAGCCAGCAAGCCCAAAACACCAGAUUUGAAAAACGGCUUGGUUAAGUCUCGUGAGCCGGUCCCAAAGUUAGCAUUGAAAGGGACGAAACACGAAUUUAGACUGUCCCCAUCACUUCUCGAUGAUUCCAAAACACAGAGGAAUUUCAUCGCAAGACCAAAAAGUGCAGUCACCGAAUCUGCAAGAGAGAAUGACAAAAAGGACAAUGCGGUUGCGGACAAUGGCAUCGAAGGGAAAACGGAAAUGUCAAACGGCUCUGGUACAUUGACCCUUAGCAUCUUUCUGCCAAGAGAAAACGAGGACGCGCGAUUGUGCCACAGAAAAGAGUUAAUACACAGAGACCCAGAAAUUCACAUAGGUUCUCGAUGCCCGUUUGGGCCAGUUGGUGUCAUAGAAGACAGGGCAGCUGGCAUCGUGCAAGACAGGUCAGCUGGCAUCAGGCAAGACAGUCCUCGUCAAAGUUUGCAUGAAAGUGAUUUCGUAAAAGAAGAGGAGCAAAAUGGAAGUUCAAGGGUUAACGAAACUUUUCAAAUGUUCAGCAUAGGACACACCACGGAACAAAGCUCUAGUCGUGCGCUCCACUGCGAACUGUUCGGCCCUGAACUAUGUGGGGACUGCAGGCUCUGCAAGGAGAGGGAAGAUGAGCAGACAUUGCAAGAACAGGCUUUCCCAGACAUAAGCACAAGUAAGUUUAAUGUUACAUAGCACUGUCGUAUAGUGAGUGAGUUGUUGUUUUGUGUGUGUGUGUGGGGGGGGGUGUUUGUGGCGUUGUUUUUUUUUGGGGGGGGGGUUGGUGGGGGUAUUUUAACUGAGAGAUUAAAAGGUUAAUAAAAUAUGUUGUGUUGAAAAUUGUUAAAUUCAAAGAACUAUUUGAUAUUUUUGAGUGUAUGAUGGAAGAUAUUCUGAUAUAAUUUUGUAGUAUUUUGAAUAUUUUAUGAUUGAAGAUGGCGUUAAUAGAAUUUUAAUAUUUGAAGAUGGUCUAUCUGGAUAUUGUAUAAUUUAAAAAUGGAGCAAUCCUUAUGUGGCCACAAUGGAGCCAUCCAUAUAUUUGAGAAUGAAAUAAUUCAUCAAAAUAUUCCAUUGUCCCUGCCCUUUGCGUCAGUCCUACAAUAAAACGUGUUUGACUCUUCCACAGACCCGAGACAGAUGGUCGCCGCCCCGUUACUACGCUACGGUCCUCUCUUCCAAUCAGAUGCCGCAAGACGCUACGCCGAACAACCCACGGUGGCUGAGAGGGACACCACGUGGACAAACGACCGCAACUUGAACUCCGUGGUGACACAAAAUGAGAUCCGGUCUAGGAUCAUCGCAGCAGCGUCUACCGCCAAGUCGGAGAACUGAGAACAUGGGAUGAGAAACGAUUUGAAUUUUAAAACAUAUGGAAAGUUAAAACCACCAGAUCUGAUCGAUUUAUCUCGGGUGUCAUUACUGUUGGGAAAGGGAUCCAUCAACUAAACUUUGAUUGAUAUUCCCGUACGUACACCAGGGACGUCCUUUGGGUAGGGCAGAGUGGGGUGUUGCCCCUCCCUGAAUUAUCAGGUUUUAUUAAAAUUGCUAUGUACUUGUGGUGCCUCCAGUAAUAAACAAUUCAACAAUCCGGCCAAGUUUGCACCCCCCCCCCAAGAAAAGCCCUGCAAUGACGUCCAGACGUACACUUAAUUUCAAAAGUUAAAUGCUUUGUGAACUUCCUUUCGUUUCGUCCCUUUUUCAGAUUUUCACAUAUUUUGUUUAGCUUAUUUCUUUGUGAAUUUCCUACUUAUUAUUAUUAUAAAAUGUACUCGAUAAUUUAAAAAAAAACAACACACACUAAAACUAAACAACAACAACUCGAUCAUUAAAAAAUAUUACAAGUUCUUUGGCGCUUCAAUAAAGAACUGACCAAGUAUGAGUGAAUUUUGACAAAUCCCAUAAAAUGAGGUCAAGUUGCCCAGCCAUCUUUGGUUGAAGUUCUAAAACUCAUUCAAGUUCACUUCAUCGACACCAAGCUUCCAGCAAUGAUGUUUAUAGUUUUAAUUUAAUGAAUAUUCAGAUUAUCAAUCAAAUCUGAUCAAAAUCGUUGCAAAUUGUAUCUCUGCGAUGUAAGACCAUGUAAGAAAGGCCUUCACAUUGUGCACUAUGAGUCCGAUGCCCCAAAUGGCCACUCCCCAGAAUGACGAUUUGUAACUAAAACGUGGGAAAUAGAUUGAAGUUGUGUCUUAUAGCGAAUAUAGCUUUGAUAUAGAUCAGAUGUUACUUUUUUUUCAAAAAGGUACAUUUUGUGAAAAAUAAUGUUUACUUUUGUUAUUUUUAUAUGUAAACUUUUAAAUUAAUUUGUGCAUCGCACAUUUUUGGUGCUACUCUUUAAAGCUGUGGUGGGCCAACGUUUCUAGCUGUGGGCCAACGUUUCUAGCUGUGGGCAAACGUUUAUAGCUGUGAGUCAACGUUUCUAGCUGUGGGCCAACGUUUCUAGCUGUGGGCCAACGUUUCUAGCUGUGGGCCAACGUUUCUAGCUGUGAGCCAACGUUUCUAGAUGUGGGCCAACGUUUCUAGCUGUGGUCAAACGUUUUUAGCUGUGGGCCAAGGUUUCUAGCUGUGAGCCAACGUUUCUAGCUGUGGGCCAACGUUUCUAGCUGCGGGCCAACGUUUCUAACGGUGAGCCAACGUUUCUAGCUGUGGGCCAACGUUUCUAGCUGUGGGCCAACGUUUCUAGCUGUGGGCCAACGUUUCUAGCUGUGAGCCAACGUUUGUAGCUGUGGGCCAACGUUUCUAGCUGUGAGCCAACGUUUCUAGCUGUGAGCCAACGUUUCUAGCUGUGAGCCAAUGUUUCUAGCUGUGAGCCAAGGUUUCUAGCUGUGAGCCAACGUUUCUAGCUGUGCACAAACGUUUCUAGCUGUGGGCCAACGUUUCUAGCUGUGAGCCAAGGUUUCUAGCUGUGAGCCAACGUUUGUAGCUGUGGGCCAAAGCUCGCACCAUCGUUUGGAAUGCCUAGCACUUUGUUAAAAAAAAAAUUAAAAAUAAUUAAAAUAAUCAUUAAGAAAAGGAAAAGAGAAAAAAAAAUUGAACGCGUAAUUUAAAUUUUCAAUUGCCCAUGUCACAUAUGGGGUUGUCACUACUAUAAGGGUUGUCCCUUCUAAAUGGGGUUGUCACUAAUAUAUGGGGAUGUCACUACUAUAUAAGGUUGUCACUUCUAUAUGGGGCUGUCACUACUAUAUGGGGUUGCCACUAAUAUACGGGGCUGUCACUUCUAUAUGGGGUUGUCACUACUAUAUGGGGUUGUCCCUUCUAAAUGGGGUUGUCACUAAUAUAUGGGGAUGUCACUACUAUAUAAGGUUGUCACUUGUAUAUGGGGCUGUCAAUUCUGUAUGGGGAUGUCACUACUAUAUGGGGAUGUCACUACUAUAUUGGGAUGUCACUACUAUAAGGGGAUGUCACUACUAUAUGGGGUUGCCACUUCUAUAUGGGGAUGUCACUAUAUAUGGGGUUGCCACUUCUAUAUGGGGAUGUCACUACUAUAUGGGGAUGUCACUACUAUAUGGGGAUGUCACUACUAUAUGGCGAUGUCACUUCUAUAUGAGGUUGUCACUACCAUAUGGGGUUGUUUCAGAUGGCACUGCUAGUUGGGUUUCUUUUGCUUUUGUGAUGAAAGAGUCAAUUCCCUGUAAUUCAUGUUAACCCCCCUCCCCAACCAUUCUCCCCCCCCCCACCCAACCCUUUAUGGUUCUCAAGCCUCUAUUAUCCCUGGCAUCCGGCUUGCAGCUACAAAAGUUUGCGUACUCCAGCUUUCAAGACAUAAAGGAGCGCAAUUGUUUAUUAUAGCUUAAACUAAUUAGCCAGACCAAGAUUUGUAAUGUAUGUAAUUUAAUUGUGUGGUUGAUUUGUGUAAAAAAAUUAAUACAUUUUUAUUACUAAAAUAAUAUGUUUCUGUGUUACGCAUAUCUUAUUUUGAGAUGUUUUGACAAAUCCAAUUUCUGACAUUUUCAUUUGAUCCAUUGAGUUAAGUCAGAUCAUUGACAGAUACGUUGUUAAAUGGGGAAUAAAAAUUCAUAUUUAUAGCUAUAAAAAGCCCGUUGAAUAUCAACGGCUGUAUCGGUAUAUUAUAUAUUACAAUUCCCCAUCAUCCUUUACCUUAACAUCCACCAUCCUCUACCAUCUCUCAGCCCUAAAACAUCCUUACAUCUAACAUCCUCUACCAUCUCUCAGCCCUAAAACAGCUUUACAUCUAGCAUCCUCUACCAUCUCUCAGCCCUAAAACAUCUUUACAUCUAACAUCCUCUACCAUCUCUCAGCCCUAAAAUAGCCUUACAUCUAACAUCCUCUGCCAUCUCUCAGCCCUAAAACAUCCUUACAUCUAACAUCCUCUACCAUCUCUCAGCCCUAAAACAUCCUUACAUCCUGCAUACUCUGCUACGUCCAGCCCUAAAAAACACAUUCUUCUCGUCGUUCGCCUCACCUCCCGAUCUAACUAAACCAUUAACACCAUCCACACACACACUCUCUCUCGCUCUCUCUCUCUCUCUCUCUAAACCCCUACACCCCCACUUCACUUACUGGAAACCAUUCCUACCCAGAUCCAAACUCCCCUCUAAUGGACUCUUCCGUUGCCCCCGCAUACUCUCUACACUCGUAUUUCUUCAAUGCAG